AAAGCACCAAGUAGCACAAGUGCCGGCUGGCCAAUGGGACUGCAGGGGCGGUCCGAGCGCUCUGACCAGUCAAACGAAGUCACUUUCCUUAUAAGGCAGCCGGUCUCCAUGGUAACGUGUGCUAAGUUGCAGCAGUCGUGUCAAAGUUCACUAUAUAGAGAGCUCAGUGAGCUGAUCAGAGGGAAAGCAUUCUGCUAGCCCGGCUCCUACAAAUCGCGUUCGCUUCCCAACCUCCCCCUUUUUAACAUAUUUGAUCACUUCGAUUCUCUGUUCUUUUUUUAUUAUUAUUUUUUACGCGCAUGAAGGAGGUUGUGUAGGUUGUGAUCUUUAAAAAAAGGCAUUAUUACCAUUGCUUGCGAGUUGACUUCGUGUUUCUCUCCAGCACUAUAGCUACUGCUGCUGCUGUGCAGCUAGCACAACUACAGCAAGAAGAGAAGGAACUAGCAUCAAGAUUUUUUUGUUUUGUUUUUAAUUCAGUUCAUGAUUUUCCCCAGGACUUAUACUUUAUCGGGGGGUCGUUCGCUGCUGGUACCUUAAGAGCCGAGCCCAGCUUUCUUUUUUUUUUUUACCCUGUAAUCUUUAACCUCUCCAUCCAACCAUUUUAUUAUCUUCCUUUUUUUCUUUUUUUUUUGAUGGGUUUCCUGAAUGGCUGACGGUAAGCUGCCCUGGACUUGGCCUCAAGACUCUGGUCUCUUCUUCAGCUCGUCUCCGAAUCCGGUCUAACAGACAGAAAGAAAGGAAAAAAAAAUACCUAAAAAAAGAAGAAAAAGACUUGAUUCAAUUUCCUCCCAAGUUUCUCCAGACAAUCCUAUCUUCUGUGCAGCUUUGAUUUCCCCCUCUUCAAUCUCGCUUGAUAACUGCUACGAACACGCUGCUCUCUUGAAAAAAAGAAAUCAAAGCAACUGAAGCCCACCCCUCCAAAAAAAAAAAAGGGACAAGAAAAGGGACAAAAAAAAAGUUUCUCGACGUCGUCUGAUAGAUAUGGCAAUGGUAGUGUGGCGCGGCUCCCAGGACGAAGUAUCCGAAACGCAAGGGACCCUGACUUCCCAGGUCCCGCAAGUAGGACCACUGGUGCUAUCGACCUCUCAGACUGCACAAGCAAACCCACAGACUCCCGUUCAAGGGGGUCCUCCGACCACAACAGCGCAGUCUACUCCGUCAAACCAGACGAACCAGCAAAGCCAAACGGUGGAAAAACAACAGCCUCCGCACAUCGAGUGCGUGGUUUGCGGGGACAAGUCGAGUGGCAAACACUAUGGCCAGUUCACCUGCGAGGGUUGCAAAAGCUUCUUUAAAAGGAGUGUACGGAGAAACCUGAGUUACACAUGCCGUGCCAAUAGGAACUGUCCCAUUGACCAACACCACCGCAAUCAGUGUCAGUACUGUCGCCUCAAAAAGUGCCUCAAAGUCGGCAUGAGACGGGAAGUUUCUCUUUUUACUGCAGCAGUACAAAGGGGACGGAUGCCACCCACGCAGCCACACCAUGGCCAGUUCUCCUUGACAAAUGGGGACCCCCUGAACUGCCAUUCCUACUUAUCCGGAUAUAUCUCCCUUCUUCUGAGAGCAGAGCCCUACCCAACUUCCCGAUAUGGCAGCCAGUGCAUGCAGCCUAACAACAUCAUGGGCAUCGAGAACAUUUGUGAACUGGCAGCCAGGAUGCUGUUCAGCGCGGUGGAGUGGGCAAGGAAUAUCCCUUUCUUUCCAGACCUUCAGAUCACUGACCAGGUGGCCCUCUUAAGGCUCACCUGGAGCGAGUUGUUUGUGCUCAACGCUGCCCAGUGUUCCAUGCCGCUCCACGUGGCUCCUCUGCUGGCGGCGGCAGGCCUCCACGCCUCGCCCAUGUCAGCAGACAGAGUGGUGGCCUUCAUGGACCACAUAAGAAUCUUUCAAGAACAAGUGGAGAAGCUCAAGGCUUUGCAUGUUGAUUCUGCUGAAUACAGCUGCUUAAAAGCUAUAGUGCUUUUCACCUCAGAUGCUUGUGGUCUUUCAGAUGUGGCUCAUGUGGAAAGUUUGCAAGAAAAGUCCCAGUGUGCAUUGGAAGAGUAUGUUAGGAGCCAGUACCCCAACCAGCCGACUCGCUUUGGAAAGCUUUUGCUUCGCCUGCCUUCUCUCCGCACGGUCUCUUCUUCUGUCAUAGAGCAAUUAUUUUUCGUCCGUUUGGUAGGUAAAACCCCGAUAGAAACCCUCAUCAGAGAUAUGCUGCUGUCUGGGAGCAGCUUUAACUGGCCUUACAUGUCAAUCCAGUAGACAGAGAAGGAGAACCCCUUUCUCUUUAGAAGGGAGCAAAAUGCUGUUACAAGUUUACUGAAGAAGAGAGAGGCAUUUUUUAAAGGACUGUGAAUUAAAAAAAAGACUUUCAAUGAACUUUCUAAAUGCAUUUAAGAACUCAUGUGUCACUCUGAACAACUUGCUACUUAUCAUUUUUGUAAAAAGGACUUUUUCUUUUUUUUUUUUCUUUUUUGGUAAACUUGAGAAAAAGUCGAUAAAAAGUGCAUUUAAAAAGGAGAAUUUGGAGAAAAUUAGGAGAAAAGAAAAAAAGUAAGUUUUCUUUUCCAAAUUAUUAUGAAUUGUCCUGUGUCUAUGUAUCUAUAGCUGUUUUUGUACAUACCUUUUUUUCUUUCCUGGUUCCAAACCGGCUAAUUAAUGUGGUUCUGUAGUAUACGAUUUUUUUGUAUUAUAUAUAUAUAUAUAUAUAUAUAUAUAUAUAUAUAUAUAUAUAUAUAUAUAUAUAUAUAUAUAUAUAUAUAUAUAUAUAACCAUGGCUUUUAUCAAGCAGAAAAAAAAAAACCUGUGUAUCAUGUAAAGUAUAUGUUCUGCAAGAAUUAAAACUGAAUCCACUACAAUGUUUAGGAUGGGGAUGGGGGUGGGGGGAGGGGGGGGGGGGGGGGGGGAUUGUAUAAAAUACAUAACGCUGGAAGCGCACUUAAUGUACAAUGAAGACCCACAGAUCUACAAGGGAGGGGGCGGCGGUCUGGGGCAAAAAAGUUGACCACUAUUCAGUGACCCAACAACAAAAGCAGGAGUACCCCGAGGACAUGGAGUUUGGGGAUUCUGUGCUGAUACGGUAUUUCUGUAGAGCCAGGUGUCCAAGGCACAGUACACUUCAAAAAUGAAAAGGCAUUUCGGCAUUUCCGUCAUCGUGCAUCUCACAAUGGAAAACUUAAACCUGUAUAUUUGCAACGCGUUUGUAGUAUAACUAUUGUCUAUAUUUUGCCCUUUUUGUUGUUGAAAAUUUACAUUGGAUUCAGCAUGAAAAAAAAAAAAAACUGUGUUGGCACUUACAGUUAACACGUGGGGAAUUCCUAGGAUUUAAACAAUUUUGUGUUUAUGAGCUAUAGAGCUUUAAAAAAAAAAGAAAAAAAAGAAAAAAAAACGUCAUAUUGUGUCCUGUAAAAGUUUUAAUAAUUGAAAUGUUUGGUUAAGUCAUUGUGUGUAAAAUUCCAAUAGAAAAAAAAAGUAUGUGGGAAUUAAAAUAUUAAUUGAUAUAUGAACCUUGUUUGGCUUUACAAGUGUACUUUAAUCGGAUCUCCCAAAUUCCGGUAUGCCCGUGGGUCUUUCAUGUCACACGAACAUAUGUAUUUAUUUACUGCUAAAAAAAAAGGUAAAGACUUACUACAUUUUAAUAACAAUAUUAAGUAUCAUUAUAAUUCUAAUAAUAUAUAAUUAAAUUCCAUCAGUAUUAAUAUUAUACAACGGCGCUGCGAAUGUUUUAAACACAUUACGUUGUUAAGCCCUUCCUUCUUUGUCACAUUUUAAGUGCCUGUGCAGCGGGGG